AUGGACCUGGGCUCAAUUUUCUUUUUAAAGCCUUACUACCUUGACCUACCUACCUAUGUGAUACUGGCAUAUAGCCAAGCCUCUUACAUUCAACAACCCCAUCUGAAUGCAUCCGUUCAAGGCUGGCAUCUGCCUCGGAAUGUGAUUUCAUUUAGAACGGCCACUUUCUUCUGUGGUGGUAGUAUUUACAGCUAUUACAGUGUCGCUAAUGUUGCAGGCGCUUGGGGUGGUCUCCAAUGGCGGCCCAAGAACAGGGCGCUAAAUAUUGUUGUCCUAUAUGAGACUAUCUGCCUUGACUAUUCAACACUCCCCCUCAACUCCAAAUCUAUGCCGAUGCAAGAUGUGAAUCUCUUAUUAGUUGUCGAUAUUCAGUAG